GAUGAAGCCCUCUUUGCUGUUUCUGUGUCACCUCUGCCUGUUCAGCCUCAUGCCUCUCUUGUGGGCAUCAGACUCGGCACAAGGCGCCUCCAGCCUAACUUGUUGGUAUGACUCACGGGCGGCUCUCUUCUGUGACUGGAACCCAGACAGGGACCUGCUUGAAGCACCGUGCCACCUGGAGAUUUUAUCAAAGUUAGCUUUUUGUGACAGGUUAUUUCCUUUACCUGAAAAAUUCAAGGAGCACUGUGAAUUACCCAAGGCAGAACAUAUGACAGGACUGAGGAGAUGCAUCAAGACCUUCAGCAAAAACAGUAAUACUCAAUGCUUCACCGUUGCAGACCGUCUUACCAUGUCUGUCCAUUGCCAGAUUGGAGACAACAGGUCUAUACCUGUGCGAAUAGAAGAUUUCAGUCCACUUGCAAAUAUAAAGCUGAGGCCUCCAGGAAAUCUUCGGCUGUAUAGCAAAACUGAAAACACCUACAACUUAACAUGGAGCCUGAAUAUUUCCUCUCACUAUUUGGAUGGGGAGCGGGAAUACGAAGUGCGGUACCGAACCACAAGUCAGUCCUGGAAGGACGCUAAGAACUUCACCAUUAAUCAGGACCAGAUGUGGUGGGUGUUUGAGAGCCUCUCACCUAACCUGAAAUAUGAGGCAGCUGUCCGUGCAAGACCAAGUGCCUCAAGUACCUACAAAGGUGUAUGGAGCGACUGGAGCGAGACAAUACUGUGGAGGACACAUGCUGACCAAACAUCCCGGCCGGUCAUGCCAGCUCUUAUAGUAAGCAGUUGCAUCUUUGUGAUCAUUGGGACUGCCUUCCUUGUUAACUUACGGACCCUGAAAUGGUUUAAGAAGAUCCUGAAGAUUCACAUCCCAGACCCCGAGAAGUUCUUUCCCCCACUCGUUUCGGUUCAUGGAGGUGACAUUCAGAAAUGGCUCUCCUCCCCAUUCUCCACAUCUUCCUGUUGUGUGAACAGCACAACCCCAGAGAUCUCCAUGCUCGAGGUGAUGCAGAAGAACGACCAAGAAUCCCAGUUUCUACUUUCCAAGGGAACCCUGACUCCUGAUCCUCCCUUAGAAACCAGUGGGCACUCUGUAUCUAGCUGCUUCACCAACCAAGGCUACUUCUUCUUCCACCUUUCCAACUCCUUUGAGAUUGAGCCCUGUCAGGUCUACUUCACCUACGAGCCUUUCACCCAGGAGGGCAGUGGUAGUGAGGAUGGGGAGUCUUAUCAUGCUCUGCCCUCCCCAGGCCUCUGCCCAUUGGGAGAGGAGAUGCCCAUGUUGUCCCACAACUUCCUUCACUGCAUCAAGGUGACCCGGGGCUUCCAAAACAGUUCGUUUGUGGAAGAGACAGAAGGUAAAGCCCAGCAGGCCAUGGCUAUUUCUGGGGAUUUCCAGUCCAGUGAAGGCACCUCGCCAACACCUGAAACAGUUGUAAAACAAGAUGAGAAGGUGACGGAUAAAGCAGCUUUACAACCUGCUGAGGCUCUGUGCCAGCUGGACACUGACUCUCCUGACCCACUGGACCUGCAUGAUAGCGAUACUGUCAGUGUAAUGGAGGGGAGUGGGAAUUCAGGCCCUCCAACUGACCCCUGUACACCAGCAGCACAUGCUAUCUCUUCUUUCUCUCAGCCUCCACCUCUAAGGCAAAGCCAAGAUGAGGGUCCAUACAGAACAGCCUUCUCCAGCCAGGUCCCAAACACUGGUGCCUACCUUUCUCUGAGGGACCUCCAAAGUCAGUACAACCAUCGCUCUGUUUAGGAUCUGCCUGGAGGAAACCCACAGGUGUGGAAGGCCUUUUCUGCUGGGAAGGCUAAUUUUUCUGUUCGGGACAUGAAUGUAACUUCAGAAUCAAACCCAUUGGGAUUGUUUUUUAAUGAGGCUGGAGAACAGUUACUCUAGAGGGCUACAAAACCUGGUAUAAAUUCAUGGAUGUCUACAUAGGUAGCACUAGUUUGCAAGGUAAAGCGUUAGUGAAACAAACCACUGGAAAUGAGAGGACUUUUUGUAUGGAGAACUGGGCUAGUGAGCAGUAAAACAACAUAUGGAGAAUGCUAAAGGCACAUUAAAGCUGUUCAGUGGCUACACGGCUAAUGGAGAUGUAGUUGCCUGAUUCUUAGGUGUACGGGCCAACAAGGACUAACCUUCAGCCUGAACUUGUUUCUGUGCUAUUACUGCAUCCAAUGGCAUAGAAAUCCCUUUCCACACUGCUCAAGUGCCAUUCCAAACCUCAUCAGCUUGUUUUUUCCUUCCUAGCUCCCAGCAGGAGACUGUGACAACACUUCCAUGCUCUCCAUCUUGGUGUAAAGUAGCACUCAGCUUUGAGGCUGACCAGGCACGUGGUCCAUUUGCCUCAUCCCAGCCUAAAAACCUCAAAUGGGAGGGAGAUAUUUCUGAAGAGAUGGUUAUGAGAUUUUGUACAAGGGA